AUGGUAGUUGUAGUCACGCUCAAAUCCAAGAUGGCGGCCAGUUGUGCUAGUAGUGGGGGAAAUAGGAAAAGUACGUAGUAUUUGACGUAUCUGAAGGCUCAAACAAAUACUCCGAGCCGCUACUUGACCGCCCGGCCAUAUCAGAACACUUGUCAGCAUUUCUGCCAUUUAAAUUUCCCGCUUCGGGGAAAUACAACGCCAUAUUGGAUUCGUGCGUGACUGCAACUACCACAAUGCACGUACGUUCAAGCCGCAAAAGCAUUGUUUUACGUCAUUAUGCAUAA